CCAUCAGAGUUCCUGAUAUAAAUUAGAGAGAAACUAGAGAUGGAGCUACAACCAGAUAUUCACUCCGAUACGCAACCAUGAGACCGUCUACGUUUGGAGCCCUCUCCGUCCUCCUGGGAAUCAUCCUGCUUCAAGCCGAGUCUUCCGCUGAAAAAAGUGGACAGUGUCCUCAUGUAGGGGCGCCGAAUUCUGUCAAACUGUUCAAAUGUCCAUCUCUCGACAAAACCACCUGCAAGGAAGAUGAACACUGUGGAGGUCGGCAGAAGUGCUGCAGUGAGCUCUGCGUCAACAAAUGCCGGGAUCCUGUGGUUGUCAAACCUGGAAACUGCCCACCCAUGAAUUUUUUUUGCUUAUACCGGAAUGGCAAAUCCAACCACCGAACUGAAUGUACGAAGGACGCUGACUGUGAUGGAAAGAAGAAGUGCUGUAAGAGAUGUGGCAUGCAUUGCCUAGACCCUCGCAUUUAAGUUGAAGACUCAGAACAAGAAGCCAUUGAAGACAUUUUGGAGAGAUGAGGUCGUCAUCAACUCAUUGCAAUCAGCAAGACGUCCCCCCACCACAGUAAAGGAUUUGUCUUUAACCUCUUGACCACUGGGCACUAAAACCCCCUUCCUAACCAGAUCAAUUUUCAGCUUUCGGUGCUCUCACA